AGUGACUCAGGAGCUGAUGCUCUAUUGGCUGCAGCAGCUACAGGUGAAACGAUGGCAGCACAGACAGACGUCUUCCUGUCCAGACUCGACCAAUAACAACAACAAUACAGAUGACUUCCUGCCGGUUCUGACAAGGCCUCUGGGUCUGGUGGGGGAGAAUGCAGCAAAUGCUUCUUCACAACGAACGCAGAUCACAAACGUGUCAAUCAAACAUCCUCUGAUCGAGCUGCAAAACUCUGUCCACAGUCUUCGUAAGAGAUCAUCUCAGGAGUGGAGUCAAAGUGUGUUUCAUGUAGAAGCUCCACUGUCAACCCCAAACCCUUUACACAUUAACACUGCUGCCCCUCCUGCUCCACUCCCAUUGGCUGAUCCAGCAGGUCCGUUGUUUCCAGCAGAAAGUAUGGAAUCCCCGUCACUGCCUGACAAUCGUAGCAGGAAGACGAACAAUCUCAGCUUGUCCAACAUGCCGGUCCUCCGCAGAGACAUUCUGUCCUCUUCCUCAGACCGGACGUCCCGCCAGCAGCAGGAGAAACAGAUGCUGAUCGAGGAGGUCAAAGCUCAGAAGGAAUUAGUCUGGAUCCUCCAUAAAGCUUUGGAGGCGUCUCAGCUGGAGAAAAGAACCUGUGCAGAGUUUUUGGCAGCAGAGGGUGAGCAGAAACGUCUGGAGCUGCUUCGACACCGUGAGCGGCAGGUGGCUGACCUGAAAGGUCAACUGGAGGAGUCGAAGACGGAGGCAGAGGUAACGAGGAGGAGUCUGGCUCAGACAGAUGUGCAGCUGGCUGAACUGCAAGAUAACGUCAGGAUACUAAUGGACAAGAACAACGCCAAGCAGGAGGUGAUCGUUAAGCUGUCUGAUCAGGUGACCAUCUGUAUGUCCAACCCGCCGCGCUCCGCCUCGCCCUCUGGUGGCAGUCUGGACUCUCAGCCUUUCAAACAGCUUCAGCAGGAGAACGAGAACCUGAAGGACGAUAUCGAAGCAUAUAAAACCCAGAAUACUUUUCUGAACUCAGAGAUUUAUCAGCUGACGAAACUGUGGCGGAAAAGUUCAGAACAAGAGAAGAGUCUGAUGGUGAAGUGUGCUUACCUGGAGGCCAGUAACUGUCAGUUGGAGAGCCGUUACCUGGGCGUCCUCCAAAAGCUGCAGGAGAACAAAUCUCUGGAUCCAGUCCAACGUGGGGCCGUUCAGAAGAUGAUUGAGGAUGCUCUGAAAGGAGAGCUGAAGAGCGUCUCCAAGAUCAACACCAACAGGGAUCACGAUGAGUACGGCUUUAAAAUCAUCCCCGACUAUGAGGUGGACGACAUGAAGCUGCUGGCAAAGAUCCAGGCGCUUGAGAUCCGAUCACACAACCUGCUGCACCAGGAGGGGGUUGAGCGCCCCCUGCUCAGCCGCUGGGCUCAGUACCUGGCUGGCCGGUCACAUGACGACCUGUGUCCAUCUCCGGAGCUCAAAGGUCUUCUGCGCAGUGGUGUUCCUUACGAGUACCGACAGAGAUUGUGGCACUGGAUGGUCCGAGCCCGAACCAGAACAAUCAGAGACUCCCAGCCCCAACAAUACCAACAGCUGUGUGAGAAGAGUCACACGUCCUCUCAUCCGGCCUCAAGACAGAUCCAGCUGGACCUCCACCGCACCUUGACAACCAAUCAGCAUUUCUCCUCGCCCUCCAGCCCCACCCUCCAGCAGCUUCGUCGCAUCUUAUUGGCCUUCUCCUGGCAGAACCCUGCUAUUGGCUACUGCCAGGGUCUCAAUAGGUUGGCGGCCAUCGCUCUGCUCGUCCUCCAGAGUGAAGAAGACGCCUUCUGGUGUCUCGUUUCUGUAGUGGAAACCAUCAUGCCUCAAGACUACUACACCAAGAACCUGGUGUCCUCUCAGGCGGACCAGCGGGUGUUUAAGGACUUCCUGGCAGAGAAGCUUCCUCGCCUUGCGUCUCAUUUUGACAACCACGGCGUCGAUGUCUCUCUGAUCACCUUCAACUGGUUCCUGGUUGUUUUUGUGGAGAGUCUGCCCAGUGACAUCCUGUUGCCUCUGUGGGACACCUUCCUGUAUGAGGGCACCAAGGUGAUCUUCAGGUACGCUCUUGCUCUCUUCAAAUACAAAGAGGACGACAUCCUGAGGAUCCACGACAGUGUGGAGAUCUACCAGUACCUGCGCUUCUUCACCAAAACCAUCUCUGACGGCAGGAGGCUAGCCAGCAUCGCCUUCAGUGACAUGAACCCGUUCCCCAGCCGCCUGCUGAGGAACCGGCGAGCCCUUCACCUGGAGCGCCUGCAGGGGGAGCUGCAAGAGCUGGAGAAGGAGCAGAGGGUGUUUGUAAUGGAGAACAUCGAGCACAAAGACAAAGAACUGGGGAGGGAGGAGGACGACGAACUGUGACCUUAGGACUCAGCACGUAACCUCAAGAAGAGAGUUUGACAUCAUAGACGUCAAGGUAACAAAGAUGAGGUUAGAACGUGUCCUUCUAACAGAGACAGUGAACAAAGCUGUAAAAGAUUACAGUCGUAAAGAGUCACAAUCAAUAAAAAUCCACAACUGGACCAAAUAUCAAUGAUUGAUUACAAACUGUUACAAACUAUCAGGUGGUGAGAAGAAAGCAGCAGAGUUCAUAAAUGUCUGUACAAGUAACUAAGUAGAUUUACUCAAGUACAUGUUUGUUUUUACUUGUGGUUCACGUUAUAUAUCAAAAAUGUAUCGUCAUCAUAUCAACGUGCGCGAUAUACGGGUUAACCCUAACCCGGGUCAUCACAAGAACUACUGCGAUAAAUGGUGUUUCAUGUGCCACACUCCGCAUGUCAAUAUAUGUGGCCAAUCAGAUGAAGCCUUGCUGCUGUAGAUAGUAAAUUAAAGACAUUCCGAUCAUUGACGUAUUUUUCCGUCAGUGAAUCAUUGUCAGAAGAAGAGAAUAAAGAGAGAAAAGAGAAUUUCAAAACAGAGAUUAGCUCUCGCUCCGCCUCCUCCAACUAAACUCUACUGUGGAAACUUCUAGUGAACACGUUUGUCCCGUAUUAAAGUCAUCACUAUGAGCGGUUGAUUAUAUAAAAGAAAUGUCAAGCUUAUUUAUGAACCUGAGGGGAAAAUAUCAGCGCACACACACACAGACUCCGCUGUUUGUGUCUCUCUCUCUCUCAGCUCACAUCUCUGACUCACUAGUUUAAAAGUUGAUUUGUUUGUCGCCACAAUAUCAACACUGAUCAUCACAUAAUGAUCGAUACUUUUCUUAAUGAGUUAAAUCUUUAUUCAGAGCAGCGCAUUAGUCAGCUGCUCGCACUUUCCCUCUCUCUCUCUCUGUCACACACACAGUGAUCGGUCACACGUAUAAACUCAGUCUGGGUAAAUACAGGAGACUUUGGAAACGUGCAAAUGUAGGUGUCGCUGGAGGAGAUGGUGUUGCAGUGCUCAUUGUGAAUGAUGGAGACGGAGAGGAGCAGUAAGUUACUGACGGAGCAACUAAAAAUACGGUGGCCGGGCUGUGCGCCUUCCCCCGGCUGCGGAGCUGUCCGUGGUCUGUGUCUGUAGCCAGGGAGUGUUUAUGUUUAUUUAAGUCAUACUGUCAUCACGAUAUUAAACAACGUUACGCAUGUUUUCCUAAUAUUGUCCAGCCCGAGUUCCUGUGAAUAUUUUAUACUUCUAGUGCGCUAUGUUAGGAAACAUCAAACAUUUUUGAUCAAGAUUAUUAUUAUUAUAAUCUAAAUAUAUAAUUGUCAUUAUUGUGAAAUCUUUCUUUCAUUUUGUAAAGUUGAAAUAUGCUAUUAGUCACAUUUUAACUUUAACAAACAGCUGCUGCAGCUCGGAACCUGAUUUAAAGACACAAAAACACAAACAGGAAGUCUGAGAUGAAUUGUUUGUUACAUUUUGUACCUGAAGCUUCAGGAUGAGCUCAAACCUUCGGCCUGUUGUCGUCUGGCUGUUAAUCAUGAUUCCCCACAUUUCAAGUUUUAGUUGAAAUAUAAAGAGCACAUCCUCUUUGACAGGAAGCAAAAAACAGAAUGAUGCUGGAAAAAAUUUCACAAACAUGGGAGGUAUCACAAAAUAAGAUUAUUAUUAUUUAAGAUAAUUUUAUCAGAUCAGGAGCCAUCAGCAUCCCUUUCUUUUCUCGCUGAAAACAUGCUUAGCUUCAUGCUAACAGGGUUAGCCUAAUGCUAAAUGCCUAGCUGACAGGAAGGGAUAAUAUCAAGUUGCCUAAAGCCAAGAGCUAAGCUGCUAAUUGUAGCUAGCUGACAUCUUCGGAAAACUUUGAGCUUGUUGAAAAAUAAAAAGUCCUUAAAUUAUGUUAUCUGUUGAGUUCAGGUUAAAUGUUGGUUUUUCACUACAACUGGUUCACAUUUUUAUAUAUUUUCUUUUUCUUCUGUUAUUGUUCCAUAAAUGUUCUGUCAUGUAAACUUUUCUUGAUGUUUAAAAAAUCUCAUUUACGCUUUCACUGUUACACUUAAACAAUAACAAGACAAAAAUCUGUUUGUGACAGAAGUCAAUAAAAAGUCUUGG